GGGCGCCUCGCCCACCUUCCUGCCUUCCCUCGGCGUCGCGUUCGGAGGAUCGAACCUUGAGCUCCGCGGCGUUCUGAGUCUUAAAGGAGCGGCGCGGCUCUGAAACAAAAGGAACGGGGGAAAAGUAAUUAAGUUAAAAAAAAAACAAACAACCCGAGCCAGGCAAGAUGAGGGAAAUCGUGCACAUUCAAGCUGGGCAGUGUGGUAACCAGAUCGGUGCAAAGUUCUGGGAGGUGAUCAGUGAUGAACAUGGAAUUGAUCCCACUGGGACUUACCACGGGGACAGUGACCUACAGCUUGAUCGCAUCAGUGUUUACUACAAUGAGGCCACUGGUGGCAAAUAUGUCCCUCGUGCCAUUUUGGUUGAUUUGGAGCCAGGAACUAUGGACUCCGUGAGGUCUGGACCUUUUGGGCAGAUUUUCCGACCAGACAACUUUGUAUUUGGCCAGAGUGGAGCUGGUAACAACUGGGCCAAAGGGCACUAUACAGAAGGUGCUGAGCUGGUGGAUUCAGUCCUAGAUGUGGUGCGGAAGGAAGCAGAGAGCUGUGACUGUCUGCAAGGUUUCCAGCUGACCCACUCUCUGGGUGGUGGAACCGGUUCAGGAAUGGGUACCUUACUGAUCAGCAAGAUCCGGGAGGAGUACCCCGACCGCAUCAUGAACACCUUCAGUGUGGUGCCAUCUCCCAAGGUCUCCGACACAGUUGUAGAGCCAUAUAACGCCACCCUCUCAGUGCACCAGCUGGUAGAGAACACAGAUGAAACAUACUGCAUUGACAAUGAAGCCCUUUACGACAUCUGCUUCCGGACCCUCAAGCUUACCACUCCUACCUACGGCGACCUGAACCAUCUAGUGUCUGCCACCAUGAGCGGCGUGACCACCUGCCUCCGUUUUCCUGGACAGCUGAAUGCUGACCUCCGCAAGCUGGCGGUCAACAUGGUCCCCUUCCCUCGGCUCCACUUCUUCAUGCCUGGCUUUGCCCCCUUGACCAGCCGUGGCAGCCAACAGUAUCGGGCCCUGACAGUACCAGAGCUGACUCAGCAAGUAUUCGAUGCCAAGAACAUGAUGGCAGCCUGCGAUCCCCGCCACGGGCGCUACCUGACUGUGGCCGCUGUCUUCCGGGGACGCAUGUCCAUGAAAGAAGUAGACGAGCAGAUGUUGAAUGUCCAGAACAAGAACAGCAGCUACUUUGUGGAAUGGAUCCCCAACAACGUCAAAACAGCCGUGUGCGACAUCCCUCCCCGAGGUCUCAAAAUGGCGGUCACCUUCAUCGGUAAUAGCACAGCUAUCCAAGAGCUGUUCAAGCGCAUCUCCGAGCAGUUCACCGCUAUGUUCCGCCGCAAGGCCUUCCUCCACUGGUACACAGGUGAGGGCAUGGACGAGAUGGAGUUCACAGAGGCCGAGAGCAACAUGAACGACCUGGUCUCCGAAUACCAGCAGUACCAGGAUGCCACAGCUGAGGAAGAGGAGGAUUUCGGCGAAGAGGCCGAGGAGGAAGCUUGAGGUUAACCCUGCUAUCAUUUCAUGAAUUAAAAGUUAAAUAAAUAAAUCCGCACAAAAUAAAAAUUAAACAAAUUGCA